AUGUGGAGCGAGUCGGGUCGAGCCAAGUACGAAGGCAUCGGCAAGCCCUAUAGUCGGAAAGGAUCCGACAAGCAGCUCAGCCACUGUCAAGCGCUGACCAACGUUCCCUGGCAACCCAGCAUCUCACACGAGCUUCUGGAUACCAGACGAGACCCGAAGGUAAGCCUCACCGUCUGCGAUGCUCUAGAGCAAUGCCGAGGCCGAAAGACGGUUAUGCCGGAUGGGCAUGGCCGUUGCUACUCGCAGCGGCCGCACACCUGGUCGAGUCGGCUAUGGCAGCGCUUUCUGCCUCACAAGACGAUGCUCAACGAGCAUGAUGAGUCGAAGGCGAACAUUUGCGAGAUGUAUCGAUAG